AUGACGGGUCAGUCAAGUGAUGUUAUGGGCAAUCGGCCAAGGAGGCGGGACGGGUGUACGGAAUGCCGGCGAAAAAAAGUCAAGUGCGACCUUAGAAGGCCGGUAUGCACGCGUUGCACUCGGUAUCCUCGGGGAUGUGUAUAUGAUCUUCGAGUCGUCAGCCAAGCACCCAGUGCAAGGCAGAAUCAAAUAGCGGUAGAUCCGUCUCGAGGAUCUACCGGCCUAAAUAGGCAGUCUGGUGUUAAGCAUACCUACCAACCAUCCGAUAACCUGUCGCCAUGGUUGUCAUCCAGAGACUCCAGAUUCUAUAUGCACAUCUUUAGUACCGAGACCGCGAGUCGGCUCUUCCCUGCAGCCCCAGAGACUUUUCUCCGAAGCAUGAUUAGCGCCGCGUUAGACACUCCGCAUCUCCUUUACGCACUGUUAGCCGCAUCAUGUAGCCACCACAGUCGCUUGGUUCGGGACACCAGCCCAGGGUCCUCGACAGCGUGUCUGAAGUUCACGAACCAGGCAAUAUCCCACUUGAAUUUAGCUCUUUCCAAUACUCAAGAUGUUCUAAGACCUGAAACUAUCACUACGGCAAUGGUGCUCUGUACGAAUGAUGUUUGCAAUGGAAAUAUGCAAACGUGGAGAACUCAUCUUUUUGGGGUAUUGCAACUGUUGAAUACAUUCCUGGGUACUUGUUCUUCAUACAUAGAUGACCCCUAUGUACAGUGUCUGAUGAAGUGGUUUACAACCAUGGAUAUCAUGGCGGGCUUGUCAGCACAUCGUUCAAGUUGCAUUCACGACCCUACAAGUGGGCCAUUGUAUCAGCUUCCAUAUACCAAUACAGAACAGGUGGAUGGUAUUUGCGGUUACUCUUUGGAAUUGGUUGACUCGAGAGCGGUCACCGGAACAGAACUGUUACAGUCGAUAAUGCGGGAGGCCGUUGCUCUCGAGACAGAGAUUCAUUUGCUCAUUGGAAAGACGGGUGCGGACACUACAUCCGAAAGCACCGGUGACUGUAUCCCCGAGCUAACGCAUGCGCAUUUUGCUUUCGUUUAUGCCGCGUUGCUCCACCUCCGACGGCGUGUCCAAAUGCUUCCAAAGGACCACAUCGAUGUCCGGAAAGCUGUCCAGAGUGCUCUUGAGGCCGUACUGCGAAUCCCGCCAUCUUCUCCCACGAAUAUCAUAAUUUUGUGGCCAAUAUUUAGUAUCGGUUGCGAAUCUGAUCUUCCUGGGGAACGCGCCAUUAUUCAAGACCGAAUGGCGAAUAUGGAACGAAUUGGUAUGGGAAAUUUUACUCGGGCCCGACGGUUGCUCAAGACAUACUGGGAAUCCGAUUCAUGUCUACCUUGGAGCGUCUACUUUGCACAGAUUGGUUUGGAUUUGGUCUUAUUUUGAAAAGGACGAUACAGAGUACAAAAAGCGGAUCUCGAUGGUCAUCCAGAACCGUGGUCAUUACGCGACAGGUAGCUUUUCGUACUCAUUGCGCAUGAAUAGCCGCAACGCUUGCAAUCCAUCCAACAACGUCUCGGGCUCUUGCACAUAGCCAAUUCGCACGUAUCCUCGAAAGUCGAUUCCACCACCGAAGCACUGGCUCCCUGGUACCAGCAUGACCCCGAAUUGCUCCUGGAGACGCUGGCAAAAUACAACAUCGUUGAUCGGCCUGCCGUCUCUGUUGACAAAUUUGACGAAUGCCGUUGUACCCGCUAGUGGACGUGUCCAGCUCACAGCCCAUGUAAACUCCGAUGCGAAUGCAUCGACGGCUUCCAGGUUCUGGUUGGCCAGCUGCAGAUUACGCUGGAGGAGAUUGUCCACACAUGGCUUCGAAAGGGCAUAAGUUGCCACGCGAGCGUCGAUUUGGCCGACGGAAAUGAGG